UCAGCUAGUUUAAUGUAAAUAGCUCUUUAAUAAGGAGGAAGUGUGGAAGACGAAACUGAUAUCAACAAAUAAGUUACCAACGCAGUAGGGAUGUAUAGCGGCGGGGGAGAUGGUAAGCCAAGAGGAUUUGGCUUUGGAGGCUUUUCUAUCAACAAAUCCGAUGGAGGAAGUGUUGGUGGAGAUGGAAUAUCAAGGAUGGGUAGCUCUAGUGGUCAAAGAACAUUGCAGCCUGGUAGAACCAUGGGGUACAAGCUGAAAUUUGGAAGAAGCAGAGUGACUGAUGAUGAUGACUAUUUUGAUGAUGACCAUGAGGAGGUGAAUAAUUCUAAUAAUGAGGCAUACCAGCCGGCCCCAGGCAGCCCUGGAGCUGACAAAGGCAGAGACGGGGACAGUGACAGCGACGACCCUCUCGAUGCAUUCAUGGCAAAUAUAGAGAAAGAAGUUGAGGAAGACUCAAAACCAGCUAAGAAGGAGAAAAAGAAAGAAGACAAAGGUGUGAGAGACGACAUUGAGCAGGAGGACGUAGAGGAGGCGUACUAUCGGUACAUGGAGGAGAACCCCAUGGCGGGAGUGCUGGCUGACGAGGCUGAGGAACUCAACGUGGAGUACGAUAACGAGGGGAAUAUCGUGUAUGUUGCUAAGGAUAAGGUUAUAGAUCCACUACCACCGCUCGAUCAUUCGGAUAUCGACUAUGAACAGUUUGAACGAAACUUCUACGAACCACACCCAGAUAUACAAAAACUUUCUGAACAAGAUGUGAAUGAACUAAGAAGCAAACUAGACAUUAGGGUAUCUGGACUUGCCCCACCCAGACCAGUGUGCAGUUUCGCCCAUUUCGGUUUUGACGACGCCCUUGUGGAAGCCAUCAGAAAGUCAGAGUACUCCCAACCCACACCUAUCCAGGCACAGGGUAUACCAAUAGCCUUAUCAGGUAGAGACAUCAUCGGCAUUGCCAAAACAGGAAGUGGUAAAACUGCAGCGUUUGUUUGGCCAUUGCUCAUCCAUAUUAUGGCACAGAAAGAACUGGAGAAAGGAGAUGGGCCCAUUGGUCUGAUUCUGGCUCCAACUAGAGAACUGUCUCAGCAGAUAUACCAAGAAUGCAAGAGAUUUGGCAAGGUGUACAACAUCAACACAGUGUGUGCGUACGGAGGGGGCAGCAUGUGGGAACAGCAAAAGGCCUGCCAAGAUGGGGCUGAGAUUAUAGUGGCUACACCUGGGCGGUUAAUAGAUCUGAUAAAGAAAAAGUCUACAAAUCUGAAAAGGGUUACAUUCCUGGUGUAUGAUGAGGCAGACAGAAUGUUUGACAUGGGCUUUGAGGCCCAAGUGCGUUCAAUUGCAGAUCAUGUCAGACCUGACAGACAGACAUUGCUGUUUAGUGCAACAUUCAGGCGAAAAGUAGAGAAACUUGCUCGAGACAUUCUGGCUGAUCCCAUUCGUGUUGUGCAGGGGGAGGCAGGAGUGGCUAAUGAAGAUGUGACUCAGAUGGUAGAGGUAUUACCGCCAGGGCCUGCCAAAUGGACAUGGCUUGUGAAGCGUCUCGUUGAAAUGACAACUUUGGGCAGUGUGCUAAUAUUUGUGACCCGUAAGGCAAACUCGGAAGAACUGGCAGCCAAUCUCAGGAGUAGAGACUUCAAAGUUCUGUUGUUACACGGAGACAUGAGCCAGAUGGAGAGAAAUGAAGUGAUCCACUCAUUCAAGAAGAAGGAGGUCCCCAUACUUGUGGCAACUGACGUGGCUGCCAGAGGUCUUGACAUUCCUUCAAUUAAGACGGUUGUGAAUUACGACGUGGCGAGAGACAUCGAUACGCACACACACAGAGUUGGCAGAACGGGGCGCGCAGGUGAGAAGGGGUUUGCCUUCACGCUAGUUACAGAGAAGGAUCGAGAGUUUGCAGGUGCCCUUGUGCGUAACUUAGAGGCGGCAAACCAACACGUCCCUCAGCCAUUAUUAGAUCUGGCUAUGCAGUGUCCAUGGUUCCGGAAGACUCGUGUUCAGCAGAGCAAGGGGAAGCGACUAAUGGCCGUGCCUGGAGGAUCUCUAGGGCAGAAAGAACGCCCAGGCCUUGGGGCCGAGACUAGCACAAGGGUGCAAGACUCCACAAGUUUCUCGUCCUAUCGAGCAGGGUCAGCACUGGGAGGGAGAGGACCACAGUCAGACAGAAUGGCUGCAAUGAAAACUGCCUUUUCUGCCCAGUACAAGACAAACUUUAUAGCGGCUACCGACUCUGCCCCUAAAUCCAUCCCGAUCGGAAUUCAUGAGCCAGAGAACCCUGAUUCACACCAUGAUGCAAAACGAAGAAAAAAGUCGCGCUGGGAUUAAAAGAUUUUUGUAUAUCAUUGACACUACUUUGCUGUCUGAGUUAUUCUGAGCAUAAAGCAUUCUUAGGUGUAGUACCUCUUUUCAGCUGUAUUUCCCCCUGUCCAAUGGCAACUGUUAUUUACUUGUAUUUAACUUUGGGGAAUGUGUAUGAAAAAGAGUUUUUUUAAUAUCUUGGAGUGGGAUGCGGAAUGUACUUAGAUAGCUGUAGGAUUUUAAAAAUUCAUUCAUAAAUUAGCAUUGUAUACUUAAUUAAAAAAAUUGUUAAUGUGUUAGUUAAAUAAUGUUGUUCAUUGCAAAUAGUUGAUGAUACAGAGAAUUUCACUCCCAAGUUUGUGUUCUGUAAUUUGUACCUCUGUAAACAUUUUAAAUGUCAGUUUAUUCGGAAUUGUUGAGACCUCAUGCAAGUCUUUUUGAGCAAUGUUAAAUCAAUGAAGUUAAACUUUGCAAACAUCUCAACAGAUCAUUCCUUAACCUUGUUAGGUUAUCACUGAUAUAGGAAAAAAUUAUCACUGAUUACUUAUCAUUCAUUGUAUGUCAUGAGUAAUCCAUAGUGGAAGCAUCUAUUUUGUUCACAUUUCAGUUCUUGUUUACACGUUAUAUGCUUAUGGUAUGAACUGUUAACCAUUUGGAAACCACCACUUGUAAAAAGCCUCAUAAAUAAGGGUUCAUACUCAAACGAGCUCCCUUGGGAAUACCUAGGCAUUCCAGUAAAUCAUGCAUUGGUGAGCAAUUUUAUGAAUAGUUACUUUUGCAUAAAAAGGUUUUCAAUGUUUGAAACUAUAAUAGUUGGAUUAAAGAGUACUAUUCUUAUUUUUGCAUAUAGAAUAAGUUUGAUGAUGUUGAAUAGAACAUUUUAUCUUAACCCUUUGCAUGCUGGGAAAUUUGUCGUCUGCUAAAAUGUUGUCUGCUGAAUUUGUAAAAUAAGCAUUUUCUUCAUUUUUUUUCAAAGAAUACUAUCAGAAUAGCAAACAGUUUGGAUCCAGAUGAGACGCCACGUUCUGUGGCGUCUCAUCUGGAUCCAAACUGUUUGCAAAGGCCUUUAAAAUUCGGUUCCCGCACUGAAAGGGUAAAUUUCUGUUUGGAGCCUUGUUCAUAUGAACCCAUCGUUUAUGUUUAAUUGUAUGUGUAUGAAAGUCACUUUGACUGCCUUGAUACUUAAAGGUAAAAAAAGUACAAAUGUAGUAAAAUGUUCUCAAGUUCUGUACAUUUUUUAUACCAAUUGGUGAAAACACCCAUAUUUUGGAAAUGCCAGAUUCAAGCUGGCUUCAGGAGGAAAAGACUUUGUCCAAAGCAUAACUCUGUCCACCACAGAUGAAUUUGUAUACAACUCGGCAAAAGUGAUUACCUUGAGUAGAAGAAUUGUCCCUUACAUGAAUCAGGCCUCAAAGGUCAUGGUCAUCUGUAAAGGUCAAAUGUAAUUUUUACCAGGGCACCUUGUCUUGAACAUUGCCUAUGGGCUGGUUUUGCAGCUGUGAAUAGCAUGUUGGGCCAGGUUCUCAAAAACGAUUUAAGCUGGAAAGUCAUAGGUCAUGGUCAUCCAUAAUGGUCAAAUGUCGUUUUAACCAGGGCUAGUUGUCUGCAACAUUACAAAGGCCCAUUGGCUGGUAUUGCAGCUGGGAUUAUCAUGUUGGGCCAGUUUCUGGCACAAGAUUUAUGCUGGAAAGUCAAAGGUCAAGCUCACAAUUCAAGGUUAAAUGAUGGUAUAUGUUUAUGCAUACUGUUUGUUUAUGCAUUUAGGUAUCAGUUGUUUGCUGUAUGAUUAAAGCAAAAUGUUACUAGUUCAUGUAUGUUUUAUCUUGAACUUUGUUUUUUUCAAUGUCAUUCAUCUAAAUAAAACAUAAACUGUGUGUAAACUGUUUUAGUACAUUGAAUGUGCUGUAAAUGUUCUUAGAUGUGUAUAGAUUUAAUUGGGAAGUUACUGCAGAUGUAAUAAUUGUGGUAAUAAAAUGUAAAAGUUU